CGCGUAGCCCAGUCCACAACCCCAUAACUUCGAGAAUGUCUAGAAAUUUCGUUUCAGAUAUAAAAAUAAUCGUUUAUUGCAGAGUUUCGUACUACCUUUGAAGAAGGUAUUGAAUUGAUAUUGAAUAAAAAUGGCAAGCAGUGAAGAAUUGGCACUGGACUUGGACGAAUUGAAACAUCUUCAAAUCAUUGCUAAGAGGCCUCGCGUUGUUUCUCUUAUCUCCAACGAGAUUCGCGACUUGGAAAAGUUAGCAAUAGAUGCUGCUUCUGCUUCUGCUUCUGCUUCUGCUUCUGCUUCUGCUUCUGCUUCUGCUUCGCAGCAACCAGUUACAACUACGUUUGUGCCAUCACUGAAAUCAACUGCACCAAAUGUGGUGGCUAGCCCUGUUCUAAAUUAUGUUCCUCUUGGGUCUUUCAGCUGGGAUCAGGACAGCGAUCAAGUGAAGAUUUAUAUCCCAUUGGAGGGAGUUGAGCAGGAGAAACUCGAGGCUGAGUUUAAACCAAGUUCUUUUGAUAUUAAAUUCCAUGACAUCCAAGGAAAGAAUUAUCGAUGUGCCAUACCAAAAUUACACAAGGAGAUUGUGCCUGAGAAAUGUAAAGUGGUAGUAAAACCAAAGAGGGUCAUUGUCACCUUAGUUAAAGCAUCCAAAGGGAACUGGUUGGAUUUGCACUUCAAGGAAGAUAAGCUGAAGCCGAAUUUGGACAAAGAACGUGAUCCAAUGGCUGGAAUAAUGGACUUGAUGAAGAACAUGUACGAGGAAGGUGAUGAAGAUAUGAAACGAACAAUUGCAAAAGCAUGGACCGAUGCUAGAUCUGGCAAAGCAACUGACUCUCUAAAGGGAUUUCCUUGAAGAUAUCUAAGAGGGUAUAGAUUAUUAAGAUUUUGAUAUGGUCAUUGUCUAAAUUUUCUUCUGAGUUGUUUGUUCUUCGUGCAAAACAUAUGAUUUUUAGUCUAAUAUAUUUGAAUUUUGUGUUUGUGGAUUUGACAUGGACGUGGUAAAUGUUAGGUUCUUGAGCCAAUAGUUCCUUUA